GAUCUGGUCACAAUUACGACCAAGUUACAAAGGUAAUUGAUCAUCUACACAUGUAUACAUGUUUACAAUGAUGAACAAAUUACAAAGUAACUGAAACUCCACUCAGCCUUCUCCUAGACAGCUUCAGCAGAACACACAGGCAUAACACAAGGCUUAAGACACUUUUUGACAUCCCUCUUGUCCAUCUCACACUAUGCAAAAAUGCAAUGCACAUGAAGGGGUCUAAAAUCUGGAACUCUUUGCCCGAAACAGCAAGAGGUCCCCUUCCCACAAAUCAAAGAUUAUACUAAAAAAUCAUAUCUCUCAAUAACAACUAUACCCACAUUAUACUAAACUCUAACCUAAUUUAAAGGAACUCUCCCAAAUAUUUUAUUAUCCCUUAACUAUUAGGCCAUUAUUAACAAGCUUAAAUAUGUAUGUUUGUAUUAUUAAUUGUACUACCUUAUAUUAAUAAUAGAGUAAAAUAUUGAGUAUUGGUAGUCUACCACUCUUCACCUGUCUAGACUUAAGUAGUCUUUAAGUACAGUGGACCCCCGCCUUACGAUAUUAAUUCAUUCCAGAAGUCUGUUCGGGUGCCGUUACUGAACGAAUUUGUUCCCAUAAAGAAUAUUGCAAAUUAGAUCAGUCCGUUUCAGACCCCCAAAAAUACACUUACAUAAUUGUUCAAGUUGGGAUCUGAUCGUAAGGCGGGGGUCCACUGUAUUAGGUUAAAUCUGCCUGAACUGCCUUGGUAUGAUAGUGGCUUUCUUUGUACCAAUCAAAUUAUGAAAUGUAAACACACAUUGUAACCUUCACAAAGAAAUAAAAUUUUGAUUUUGAUCUGAUUUGAUUUUAACGUUGUCAUAAAUUCCAUUCUCCUAUGUGCAGGUUAUUUGUAUGUGUACUUUGUUUCAGUCACGGUAUUGUGACUUUUUAUUUUCUUCUUGAUGGUGUGUGUGUUAAUUGAGGUAUGUAUAAGAGUAAUAUGUAAACAACUGUUUGUUCCACAGUCACCGUCAGUGUUGUCACUCAGAGGAUCGUCCUAUGAUAAGCUUCCGCCCAUUAACAAAGAACCAGAGAGAUUAUUUGAUAAACCAACACGACGUCACAGCAUCGGUGAAGUGCGACGUCCUGACACGGCUCUCAGCUUGAGGAGCCCUCUCAGGCGUGGUGUCUCCAAGGGUUUUGGUCAAGAUCGACAGACUUCCACUGAUACCUUAGAGUACCUCACAGAACCUGAAUCACCUGGCCUUCCCAAAGCUGUUCGCAGAAAGUGAGUAAAUUACACUAGACCACUUCUGCUUCUGAACGCUAUAUUCACAUUGCUGCAAGAAUAUAACAUUACUGUAAAUCUUUUAUUAAAACUAUAUUACAUUUUUUUCACAAUAGGUUACAUACUACAGAAGUUAAAUUCUUUUUAUUCAUAAGUCCUGGAAGACUUCAUUUAAGAUCAUAAUUUCACUCUUUAAAUUUGCUUUGUUUCUUGGAGAAAGUUUAUGGUACCUGGAGGGUGUUACCCUGAAUGUAUUGACCCAGAGUGGACAUACAUUCCCAAGGUUGUGCCCU